GCGUGACAAAACUAAACACAGAAAGCCUCUUACUUAAUUUGUGUUUAGUGUCAAAAGCAGCAGAACGACCUGGUUCGUUUGACUUGUUGGUGUCGUGGCGCAGCCUGAGAAGCAAAUGUAGGGCACAUUUUCCCCGGGCUGCGUCGGAACCACGACUACUUCCGCUCAGGUCACUCGAACGACGUGCCGUCUGCGCUCGGGACCCGCACACAUCAACAAGGACGUAAACAUUUCUCUCCGUAGCAGUUUGCUUCUACACCCACAUCCACUGCUCGCUGCUACCUACCAGAAUGAAUGUGGGUGUGGCACACAGUGAGGUGAACCCAAAUACUCGGGUCAUGAACAGUCGUGGGAUCUGGCUGACCUAUGCGCUCGGGGUUGGAAUACUUCACAUGGUGCUCUUGAGCAUACCCUUCUUCAGCGUGCCCGUGGUGUGGACGCUCACUAAUGUUAUACACAACUUUGGAAUGUAUGUGUUCAUGCAUGCGGUGAAAGGAACACCAUUUGAAACCCCCGACCAAGGAAAAGCCAGACUUCUCACACAUUGGGAACAGCUCGACUACGGCGUGCAGUUCACUUCCUCUAAGAAGUUCUUCACCAUCUCUCCAAUUGUUCUCUACUUCCUGGCAAGUUUCUACACAAAGUAUGACACGGCGCACUUUGUCAUAAACACGGCCUCGCUCUUGAGCGUCCUGAUCCCCAAGCUGCCGCAGCUGCACGGAGUGCGGAUUUUCGGCAUCAACAAGUAUUAAUUCAUUGUAAAGGCUGUGGCCCACAGCGGCAGACGCGUGCACCGAGUCGUACAGUUUGUGUAGACGUCACUGUCGUCGUUUAGGCGUAUCAUCGGGUCUAAGACGAAAUGUUUAAAACAAACAGGAGGGGGUUUGUCGGUGACAGGAUGCCAUAUGCAUUACUAACUUAUUUGAAUAUUUAACAAUGUGUUUUCGGCCUGCACAGGCCUGGGCUGGCCCAGGAACCGGUGAGGCUUUUUGGUUGAGUUUGUUGUUUCUUUUGCCCCUCAAGUCGCACGGCAACACAAAUUGUGAGCAUGAGUCCAGAGACGCCCCUCAAUGUAUUUUUUCAAAGAGUAGGGGGCCUGCGGAUCGUUGGUACACUCUGAUUUUGAAAUGGGUGUCGAGCUUGUUAAUGCUGAGUUAAGAAUUGAAUCAUACUCUUUAUUUGCACGAUUUCCUUUGUAUGUGAAUAUGUCGAACAGGGCACGCCGUCUCAUUGUACAGUUUUUUUUUUUUGUUGGUGAACGUCAUGUAUGUUAAUGACAACACAAAGUGUUUACUGAGGGAGGUCUACAGUAUCUCUGAUCCAUUUGCGUUCAUGUAGCUGCUCUGUUUUAGAUUUGCUAUCAUUAAGGCAGCUACGCCUACUUUGUUUGGCCAUAGCUCUGGAUAUUUCCGGUUCUUAAUCUCAUUAAAAAGCGUGUGCCCUCCACCUGUUUCUUCUCUUACUGUUGUGCAUAAGCAUGUUUAUGGAAUAUAAAGAAUUUAAUGA